AUGAGGCCAAAGAGGCUUUCUUGCCAGCAAGUGGCAGAGCUGUUUCAGACAGUGCACUUUCCAAAUUUUGUGGUGCUGGAAUACCUAUCCAAGCUGAAAAGGGGUUACCCAGUCAUCGGUCUUCAGCUGGUGUCGUUGUGCAUCAGCACGGAGACGACAGGCCCUACCUUCUACCUGUGCCAUGUGUGUCAGGAGAAGUGCCCGGGUGGCACCAUGCUUUCUCACCUGACAUCCACAGAGCACUAUUUCUCCGUCUUUACCUACACCAACCCUGAGCUGCUCCAGUUUGGCUGGCUGCCCCCUCCGGAAAGUGUUCCAGGACUGAAGAGAAAGGCAGAGGUGCUGGAGAAGCAGCUGGGGACUGGAGUCCUCAAGGUGAUUGAUAUACCAAAGAAGGUAUUUGAGAAUAUGAAAAUGUCACCAUAUGCCCAGACCAUGAAGGAGCUUACCCAGUCUGAAAAGCUGAGAGAGGCCUGCCUAGGUGAUCAGCCAGGAAGGGUGACUCUGCAGGAGUACCUUAAAAGCCCGGAGAGGACACAUCCUUUGCUCGGUCUGCAGUUCCUGGUGGAGUACAGGCCUGCAAACAGCAGCAAGCUGUGUGGAUACCUGUGUCUGCUCUGUAAGAAGAGGGUCAAAGACACCCAGGUCAUCGCUCACGUCAUCGGGUUUGACCAUCUCUUCUGGUACCUGGAUCUUGUUCACCCCUCAUCCUUGGCUUCAAAAAGCAGCUACCAGCAAUACAGUGAGAAGCACAGGUCACAGAUCCUGGACCUGGCCAAACAAGCGCAGGAGUUGGGCACCUCGGGGGAAGUUCAGGAAAUGAAACUGGAUCCAGCCGUCUUUGCUGCAGUGGACUGUGGGAGUUAUGCCAAAGCCCUGGAACUGCUGCAGGAAGUCCGGAAAGAGCACAACCAGAGUGACUUUUGGCCCCUUGUGACCCCUGGACAGAGACUGGUCAUUGGGACGUACCAGAGGAUGAAACCUCCAGGGGUUCCCCCAGUAAUUGUGCAGAAAACAUUUCCAGAGUCCCAGACAGUCCCAGUGAAGGAGAUGGUUCAGAGUCCAUCAGCUCCACAAGAACAUAUAGAGGAUCCACAGCACACAGACACAGAGUCAGAUCAGACUGCUGUGAGUGCGGGCCAGCUGACAAACUUUGGAAUAUCAUGCCAGGACUGUGGCCCUGGAGCCCGCUAUGCCUUUAUAUCGGAGUACAAAAAACAUGCGCGUGGAAGCAAGCACAAGCAGAGAGUGGAAUCGCUGUUUCGAACAGUACCAGUCCCAAGCCUGGUGGUGUAUGAAAACCUGGGGAAGCCACACAGGACUGCCCCUGUGAUUGGGCUCCAGCUGGUGACCGCUUGCAUCGACACGGAGACAGCCGACCCGCCCAUGUACCUGUGUCACGUCUGUCAUACGUGCACUAGCCACUCCAUCAUGACACACCUGACCUCGUCUGAUCAUUACUUAAAUGCUUUGGCGUUUAUGAGUCCACAUAGACUCCCCUUUGGGUGGAUGCUCUCCCAGGACAUGCUGUCCUCUCUCACACCUCGGGUGAAGGCGGAGGAGAAGCAGCGUGGACCUGGCAUGCUGCAGGUGCUGGACAUGCCAAAGGAGACGUUUCAAAUGAUCAGACAGACGCCUUAUUUCACCAACAUGAGGAUACUUUGCCAGACAGAGGAGCUCAAGGAGAGACUCAGAGUUAAGAAAUUGGUCACAUUGCAGGAGUACCUAAGUAACCCGAAAAGGAAGCACCCUAUGCUUGGUCUGCAGUUCCUGGUGGAGUACAGGCCUGCAAACAGCAGCAAGCUGUGUGGAUACCUGUGUCUGCUCUGUAAGAAGAGGGUCGAAGACGCCCAGGUCAUCGCUCACGUCAUCGGGUUUGACCAUCUCUUCUGGUACCUGGAUCUUGCACAUCCCUCCUCCCUGGCUUGUAAAAGCCAUUAUAAGCAAUAUGAUGCUGAAUACAGAACAAUGAUCCUUGACCUGGCAAAGCAAGCGGAGCAGAUUGAUUCCUCUGGCAAAGUCAAGGUGAUGACUGUGGAUCCAACCAUCUAUGAAGAGGUGGAAUCAUCAGAUUUCACUAUGGCCCUCAGCAGGCUUCAGACAAUCUGGAGAGAGCAGAACCAGAGUGACCUCCAACCCCUCGUGACCCCUGGAGAGAGACUGGUCCCGAAGAAGCCAAAAUCAACCCAGUCUUCCGAGCUGCAACAACCAAUCCAGUCUUCAGAUCCGCAAAAGCCAGCUCAGACAUCAGAGCUGCAGAAUUUGGCCCAGUCUUCAGAGCCACAAGAACCGGUGCCGUCACUGGAGGGGCGAAACCUGCCCCAUUCAUCAGAUCUUCAAAGGCCAGGGCAGUCCUCAGAGCUGCUGUGGAGUUACCUGAAGAGCAAGGAGAGGAAAGAACCUGUGAUUGGUCUCGAAGCUGUGAUAGAGUGUGCCAGCAGUGACCUGCUUCCAUACUAUCUAUGUGUGGCCUGUGCAGAAAAAAUGCCCCAAGCCUGUAUCAUUGAUCACCUCAUCAGCCCCAGUCACAGAUACCUUUACCUGAAGUCACACCAUCUUCUUAGUGGGUGGGAGGAAACGGCUGAUUUGACUAAAAUGAUCACACCCCUUAAAGAGAGGGCCGCUGCUCUGGAGCAGGAGAAAGGCUAUGGGGAAGCGCAGGUGUUGGAAUUAGAGGCCACACAAUACAAAGAAGUAAUUGCAAGUUCUAUCGAUGUUGCUCUGAACAGUCUGCGGACCAUUCAGGAAAAGCAAAACCAGAGUGACCUUCGACCUCUUGAGUCCCCUGGAGAGGGGAGAGAGGGUUUGGUCAAAGAGGACGAGCUCCAAAAUCAAGUGACUCCAUCCAACCAAAAUUCCCAAAGCACAGUCACUGUCAGAGAGGAGAUUGCUCAGAGUCCAGGAGUGGAGGGGCCUGCCUUCGAUCUAAAAUGCAUGAAGAAGAGCUGGAUCCUUGGUGAGCAAAGCCAAACCCAGGCCUCAAAAGUGCUGUGGCGCUACCUGAAGAACAGGCAGAGGAGAGAACCCAUCAUUGGUCUCUGCGAUAUAAUUGAGCAUGAGUCAGAUAAGCAGCCAAGCUUUCUGGAGUGCAAAGCUUGUGCCAAGACAUUUCGCGCAGACUUCAUUAUCGGCCAUGUCAUCGGAUCCCGCCAUCGAUACAGUUACAUUAGGUCAAAGCACCCUGAGCUCCUGGAGGGUUGGAGGGAAAACCCAGACCUGACAGGGAACAUCCAAAAGCUUCAGGCCAUGGCGAAAGUUCUGGAGCAUAAGGAAGGCUGGGGCCAGUUUGAGGUAAUGAAAGUGAAGCCGGACGCUGUGAGAGAGGCGGGACCAACUUCCACUGACAAAGAAAACCCUAUCCAGGAAUCAAGACCUUUUCAGGAACCAGACGCCCAGGGUAGAUCCAACUUUGCGUUGACGCACCUUGUGAAGAAGAAGAAGAAAGGGACAAAGCAGCCUAUCAUUGGUCUGAGGGAGGUGACCGAGUGCUGCGCCAUCAACCAGCAAAUGUUCUAUAUCUGUGACAUCUGCUUUGCCAAGAUCUCCAAGAAUCACAUCCUGCAGCACGUCACUGGAGACCUGCAUCGCUGCAAUUAUAUAAAAUCACAGUACCCCAGCCUUGUGAAACGGGAUGUCAAGAAGCCUAACUUGACUGAGUCGCUGAGUGACUACUUCCUGAAUCUUGCUAGAGUGGUGGUACAGAUGGAAAAGGGUGUGGGUGAUGUGCAGAUCAUGGAGCUGGAUGUUGAUCUCUGCAAAGAGCUACUUUCAAUGCCUGAUGACAGUGCCGUCAGUAAACUGAAGAAGAUCCGAGAGGAACGGAACCAGAAAAAAGAUGUAAUGCAACAAGGAGACAUGAAGCACAGACUCCCAUCAGCUAGUCCAGAACCAGCCCCCGAACAGCCCUCUCUGUCUCUCCCACCCAGCGAUUCUGCCACGGGGCAGACAGGCAAGCGGGGCGAGGCUACAGAAGCACAAGGCAGUGUGGACAAUCGUAAAGAAACAGUCGUAAUAAAGCAGGAGCCGGUUGAAAGUGCAGCAGCUCUGCAGGAACCAGACAGCACUGAGCCAAAGACAGCUACCAUGAAACAGGAGAAAUUGGAGAGUCAAAUGUCCUGUGAAGAGAGUCAAGAGUCCCAGUGUCCUGAAGAGCCUGUACAGGAUCCAAAGGACACAGAGCCGGAGGUUGAGGAGACGGUCGCUACUUUAUUAGCUCCGUCAGAACAGAAUCAGGAUCAGAAACGCACAGACACGGAGGCUGUUACUGCCACAGAGGACCAGAGUCAGAGUCCAGGGCCUCCAGAAAAACACGUCCCUGAUUCCAGAGGUGCAGAGACGAAAGCGAAUGAGAGCGGAGUUGCUGCAUGUGAGGAGGUUCGCUGGCAGGUGUCUCCUCACAUCUCUCUUCAGUGCCCCCGAAACACCGCCACUAAGAGGGCAGCAGUUCCUGUUGGUGAGAGUCACCUGGCAAAAUUCAUGCUCCCAUUCCUGACCAACAAGCCCGAGCCCCUCGUUGGUCUGAGGGCUGUGGUGGAAUGCCGCAGUUUUAAACAGCCGACCUUCUACCUGUGCCUUACCUGUGCUGAAAAGAUCAACAAGAACCAGAUGUGUAACCACAUUAUCAGCGGCCGCCAUCAGCACCGUUACAUUGAGUCCCGGUACCCCAAACUCCUCCCACACUUCGAGAAGAACCCCGCUGAUGUCGCGUGGUGGGUGGAGGACCGUGAGAGGAUCUGGGAUGCCCAGGUGAUGAAGUUGGAUCUGAAAUCGUACGAGCAGGUGGCGUCUGCUCCCUUCGACACUGCUCUGGGCAAACUGCAGGCCAUCCGGAGAGAGCAGAACCAGGGUGACCUUCGACCCCUCGUGAGCCCUGGAGAGAGACUGGUCGUUGUCCAUAAAUGGCGGAUCCUGCACCAGGAGGCUCCACAGAAGCCCCUCCAGGAGCUGGACAGUACACAGUCACAGAAAGUGGAUUCCAGUGAGGAGAAAAUCCAGCACAGAGUGACUUCCCCAGAUAUGUCAUCUUCUCAUCAAUCGGCCUCAGUCAGUGGUAAGAGGGUUCAGAGUCCCGCUCCUGCACAGAAACCGUCUCUGAACGUAAAGGACACAGAGACACAGAGGGAGGAGUAUUUGUAUGUGGAUGAAGAGGAAGCUGCUGAGCGUGGAGGGGUCUGGCAGGUACCUGUCAGGGAAUCCCAGGGUGCUGAGCCAACUAAAGAGAGAACAUUCCGACCCCCGCCGGACCUGCGGGGCUAUGUGGAGGACCCACAGCGGUCUCAGCCGGUGGUUGGCCUCAGCGCUCUGAUUGAAUGUCGCAGCGAAAGUCAGCCCCCGCUCUACCUGUGUGUGGCCUGCUCCACGCUGCUGAGCAAGACCCUUGUCAUCUCUCACGUCAUCAGCCGCAAGCACCUCCUUUCCUACCUGAAGGCGAAGCGUCCAGAUCUCUACUCGGGCUGGAGUGAUUCUCAGGACUUGGCCAAGAUGUCGAAAGACCUCAUGGAGAUGGCAAGGGAAGCAGAGCGCGAGGAGCCAGCCAGGGUCAGGGAAAUCCAGGAAGUGUCUCUUGAUUCAGCGGCCUACGCAGAAGUGAAAUCCAUGUCAUUUGACAAAGCCUUGGCCCUGCUGCUUAUGAUCCAGAAAGAGCAGAACAGGACUGACCUGCGACUUUGCAUCACUCCUGAACCGAGACGAGUCACUGUGAAACAGGAGACCGCGGAGAGUCAGGUGUUUCCCGAAGAGCCCACACAGGAUCCAAAGGAGGCGGGCACACAGCCGGGCACUGUCAAGGUGGAUAGGGACCAGCGGCAAGCGGCGCAAGAGCCCGUCCAGCACCCAAAAAGCCCAGAGCGAGAGGGCGGUGUCCGUGAAGAGAAGCAACCCCCAGUGCAAAUGGGAUCCCACCACAAGUGUCAUUCGGGUUCAACAGUGAAGACACCGUUGAUUGGUCUGAAGGUGGUGAUUGAGUGCCGCAAUGUGGAAGGACAGCCGCCCGCUCGUUUCUAUCUCUGCCGGGCCUGUUCUGACAAGCUGACCGGCGACCAGCAGUCAGUCAGCAAACACGUCGGAAGCCCCCUGCAUCAGUACUGCUACAUCAAAUCCCAUCACAGCAGACGCUUGGAAAUGGAGAAGAAAGCGGGCAGUCUGACCUGUGGGCUGACUGACCUAGUCCAGUUUGUAGCGAAAAAGCUGGAGGAGGAAGAGGGAUCUGGCAGCAUCCAGGUUAUAAAUAUGCCUGAGGCCAUCUUUAACAGACUCAUCAAAGGAACUUAUGAAUCCUGCAUGAAGAUGCUAAAGGGUUGUGACGGUGUGGAGGAGAGACAGACAGGCAGCUCACAAGGAAACGGAAGCAUUACGCUCCACACAGCUACAAGGGGUUCAGGCCGGACUCUGCAGAGGUCAGAUUCUGGAUCAGACACCAGUUGCAACAGUCCAGUCAGUCAAGGCCCGCCCAUCAAGUCCAGCAGGCACCCUUUGGCAAAUAUUAGAAACCAUAAAGAGGGCUGCCAGAGGCCACGGUCUCCUGGAGAUGUGGCCACCCACCACCCCUUGAUCCCUAGGGGUCGUCCCUCUCCUGACCCUGUCCCUCCACAUCGACCAGGCCAUCUCUCGUGCAAAGCCAGUGAACCCCAGUCGAGGUCCCCUUGCCACCCCUUGGUCACCCACAGCCCCCCCAGACCAACCAACACUCCCCUUGACUCUCUGUCCUAUCGCCCGGAUGGAAUCACAGAGCCAGCGGGCACACACCACGCCUCUCCGGCAGUCGGCCCCUCUCAUGGCACGGACACCAGGAGAUCAGCUGCCAUCGAAGGCGGGGCCCAGGGAGCGCAGAUAUCCACAGUGCCCCUCCUGUAUUCCCGCGCAGCCGACCGGCAGCUGACAGCAGGGGGCGCCGUGAAGCAGAAAUUCCACAGAGAGAGGUCGAAGGACGACCACCCGUGGAAUUACGAAAAUCGGCAGUUCAGCCCGGACUUCAGCGAGCCUGGCGCCGGCCCGCAGGGGAAGCGGAGCCGUGUGGCUUGCGAUGGGAAAGGGAGUGCUCAAACCGCCCACGUCCCGCAAGUGGGCGCUGAAACACGGAGAGCCUCGGGAGGGCGCUGCCGCGGCAACAUAGUCAUCGACUCAAGGACUGCGCCUGGGCAGGAGUCCCUGGCGUCCCAGGGAGGCCACGGGCGAGGUGUGAGGGAGCCGAGCAAGGCAGUGUGCGGUGCGGGUGGCCACAGCAGGACGGGGUGCCUGACGAAGAGCAGGCCCUCCGAGGACCGCACAAGGAGGCCCACCCCUCCCCUGUCCUCCAGCUCAGGACGGGUCCUUGAGAAGGUGUCCGUCUUGGGCAAGAGACUCCGCCAGAGCUCCGAGGCCCAGCAGCAAGCGGACAGCAAGCCCUCAGACUCUGAUUCUCCCCCAGUGAAGAUUCGAGGGCUGGACUGUGGUGACUCAGUGGAGAACCCGGCUGUAAAAUUACUGACCUGCUGGAAACAGAUCACGGGAGGAGAGAGGAGGGCGUGAUCCUGUUCUCCCAGCUCCACAGCUCCACGUCCCCUGAAGGCUGGGAUCCAUCAUGCGGAUUCGUGAGGGGGAGAGGAGAGACAGCAUCAGCAUUCCAUAACUUGACUCAUAUUGGUGUGGGGAAGAGAGGCAGACACCAUCCCUUCCCCCCCACAAAGUCUUCCCACAUUUUUUUUUUUUUUUUUU